CAAUAAGCGGAGCCGGCCCGGCAUCACAUCCUCCAGGGCCGCUGGACUUCGCGGGAAACCGGCUGUAAUCAAGGGUCGAGAUACAACAAACCUAAUUGGACCACGGGUCAAACAUCCGUCUUUGAUAUUAAAUCAGUGUUUUAUAAAUAAAUACAUUUCAAACUGUAACGGAGCAGUGACAUAGCUAAAAAUCGCCGUCUUCAGGUCUGAUGUCCUGGCUGCUAUGCUAACGCCCGACGGUCUUACUAAACGUUAGGCUGUCUCAUUGGCAAACAGGAACAUUGUGCUUCAUGCGGCAGGGCAGAGAAAAUACUGCUGACUUGAAAGAGACAAAGAGCUGUCGCUGUCAGACACGAACUGACUGUUAACAUGUUCAAUUUAGACCGCUUUCGUUUUGACAAGAAGGCGGCGACGACAACAAACAAAGACCAGGAUAGCGGCUCCAAAAGUCCAGAGUCUGAGAAGGAGAACAAACCAGCUCAGAUGAAAUCUGUCAAAGCCUCACCAAAGCCCCAUGCGCGAGGAGUGGUUUUUGAAGAAGUCAUAACAAUUGACUUGGAGGAGGAUAAGCUUCUCUCCGAAACAAAGACCAAAAUACCAAUAACCAGGAAGUUCAAGAAUCCCAAAGGGAAAUCAUCCCAAAAUGUGGCAUCAGAUCACACGGAUGACGAGGAACAAGAAAUGGAGGAGAACAUCAACAGACUACUGGAGAUGUUUCCUCAGUUGUCAAGGACAGAGGUCCUGGAGGUUAUUAGGAGCACGAGCACAUUGGAUGGGGCUGUAGCUGCAUGCCUUUUAAGGUUUGGUGAUAAAGAAGCCCCAGACCAAAGCAGGAAAAGAAAGCAGGAUGGAUCCAGCAGCUCUCAGGAAGGUGGUGAAAUUCAACCCAGCAAGAAGAGAAGGUCAUCAGUGGAUUCUGAAGAAGAAGAAGAUGACAGCAAAGAGCCAAACUGGGAGAAGCAGGAAGCCAUGGUCCGAAGACUGCAGAAAAAGUUUCCUGACCAGGACAAGGAGGAGCUGCGGAUGGUGCUGCAGGAACACGACUGGAAUGUUGAGGAUGCUCUGCAGGUUCUACAAAUGUUCUCAGACCCAGAUGCCAGUUUCAGCUCACCUGACACAGUAGAAAAGAAAUCCAGUAAAUCGAAGAGCAAAGACAAGUCGAGCAAGGGCCACAGGAAGUUGACGCGCCACAAAGACCAUGGAGACAGUACAAGUAGCAGAGGCCAAGACGACUCUUCCGAAGACCAUAUCAUUAUUACUGACACAGAGGAGGACCGUCGAGACGAUUCAGAUGCUACAAAGGACAGUGAAGACUCAGACAGUGACGAUUUCAAAAACAGAAGUAGCACUUUCACUCUGUCAACCAGGCUUAAAAAAAGCUCUGACUCCGUAUCGUCAUCCUCCUCAGUCAAGAAAACAACUACCUCUUCCUCCCUGAAGCCAACCUCCUCUUCCUCUGCUGCUCAGAUGCUGUCCAGAUUUGCCAGUGGGACCAGUAUAGCUAAGAAGCAGGCAGCAGAGAGAAAGAUGAAGGCGCGUGAAUCCGACGAUCAUGUCAGCUCUGAGGGGGAAAAUGACGAUGAAGAGGAAACCGUUAGUAGUGAGUUUGAGGACUCUGAUGAUGAGCUGGAUUCUAACGGUGGCAUGACGGAUCUGAAGAAAGAGAUCCUCCAGUUUUUCCAGGACGCGUCGAUUGAUGAGCUGUCGCUUAUCGCUGGGUGCUCUGUUAAAAAGGCCCAGAAGAUUUUGGAACUGAGGCCCUUUGAUGGCUGGCAAAGCCUGAUUGAUGUCUUCCAUAAGGAAAAUGGACUGUCGGAUGGCUUGCUGCUGGGCUGCAGAGUUGUCCUCAAAGAGCGGCAGGUUGUCCUGGGGCUGAUGUCCAAAUGCAAUACCAUUUCCUCAAAAAUGUUCAAACAGGUGACUCAGGUGAUGGAGAGGGGCACAGGGGCCAUGAAACAGCCCAGUGUACUCAACAGCCAGUACCAGCUGAAACCAUAUCAGCUGAUUGGUCUAAAGUGGCUGCUUCUUCUGCAUGAGCACAAACUGAGUGGGAUCCUUGCUGAUGAAAUGGGUUUGGGAAAAACUAUCCAGGCUAUAGCGUUUCUGGCCCAGCUGUACCAGAAUGGAAUAGACGGUCCUCACCUCAUCACUGUGCCGGCCUCUACAUUAGAUAACUGGGUCAGAGAGCUGAAGCUGUGGUGCCCAAGCCUCAGAGUGCUAGUCUAUUGUGGAUCUGUGGAGGACCGCCGCUACCUCAAACACGACCUCCUCAGUGGAGAGGAUGAGUGCAACGUCAUUGUGACAACGUAUAACAUGGCCAUAGGAAAUGCCAACGACCGCAGCCUUUUCCGUAAGCUGCGUCUGAAGUAUGCUGUGUUUGAUGAAGGUCACAUGCUGAAGAACAUGAACUCUCUGCGCUACCGCCACCUUAUGGAGAUUAACGCUGAGCAUCGCUUGCUUUUGACAGGAACUCCUUUACAGAACAACCUCUUAGAGCUGAUGUCUCUCCUGAACUUCAUCAUGCCUUCCAUGUUCUCCAGCUCCACUACACAGCUCUCCAAAAUGUUUUCUAUGAAAUCCCAUGAGGAGCAGAGCCGCUUUGAGAGGGAUCGUAUUUCUCAGGCCAAACUCAUCAUGAAACCGUUCAUCCUCCGAAGAGUGAAGAGCGAGGUCCUCAAGCAGCUGCCAGCCAAGGAAGAGAGGGUAGUGUCCUGCCCGAUGAGUGAGAAACAGCAGGUUCUCUACCAGAGCCUCGUAAACAAACUCAAGGCUUCUGCCAAUGGCGAAAAACAUGAGUUGUGUAAUGUGAUGAUGCAGUUGAGGAAGAUGGCCAACCAUCCUCUGCUUCACAGACAGUACUACACCACAGAAAAGCUCAAAGCCAUGAGCAGACUCAUGCUCAAGGAGCCAACUCACUUUGAUGCGGAUGCUGUUCUGAUCCAGGAGGACAUGGAAGUGAUGUCAGACUUUGAGCUGCAUCGUCUGUGCCAGCAGUACUGCUCUAUCAGCUCCUACCAGCUUGAACACAAUCUCCUGCUUGACUCUGGGAAAUUCCUCCUCCUCACAGAGCUGCUGGCCUCACUUAAAACCCAGGGAGACAGAGUGGUUUUAUUCAGUCAGUUCACCAUGAUGCUGGACAUCGUGGAGGUGCUGCUGAAACAUCUUAAGCAUCGUUACGUCCGACUGGAUGGAUCCACACCCAUAGCCAACAGGAUUGUGUUGAUUGAUGAGUUCAACACGGAUCCUGACAUAUUUGUGUUCCUGUUGUCAACACGUGCUGGUGGCCUGGGAAUCAACCUCACCUCCGCUAAUGUUGUCAUCCUCCAUGACAUCGACUUCAAUCCCUACAAUGACAAACAGGCAGAGGACAGGUGUCACCGCGUAGGCCAGACCAAGACUGUACAGGUGAUUAAGCUAAUCAGCAAGGACAGCAUAGAUGACUGCAUGCUGCAGCUGGGCCAGAAGAAACUAAAGCUGGAGCAGGACAUGACUGCUGCUGAGGGUGGUGAUGAGGGGACCAUACCUGAAGAUAUGGCAUCUUUGCUCAAAGCCUCCCUAGGACUGUGAUACGCACAUACGACCUAAGACUGUAAAAAAUACAUUUUUGAUAGCAAUCUUGUGACUCUGGGCAGACUUGAGUGUUCCAACAGAACACACACACACACACACACACACACACACACACACACACACACACACACACACCUCCUGAAACCAUAUGCUGCCAUGAAAAAAAAGUUUUGAUGUUGAUCUGAUUUACUGUGUAGCACGUUAGCUGUGCCUAAAACACUAUUUUUUACAUGCGCACAGUUUUUGCUAUACUUUGAUUAUGACCUCAGUAUAUUAAGGCUAAACAUUAAAUGUUGCCUUUUUGAAAUUGUAACUUGUUAUCCAAGGUUACUUUUGUAGAAACUUGAAAUUUCAGACCAUACCGCCAGUAAUGCAGCAUGUGGUGGAGUACCCCAAGGUACUUGUUUAGACAAAAGUGUCACAUAAACCAUGCAGUCUUAUAUUGUUCACAUUCUGAUAAAGGGACUGUAUGCGGGUAAGGAAAAGUAUGCCUACUGGUUAUUAACACUUCUGUGAAAUAUUAAAGUUCUAGUACGGAAAAUGUGCAAAGAGAUUGAGAAUGGUAGAUGUUUUUUUUACAUAAUAUCCUUCCUACCUGACAGUGUUGGAUCUUGCCUACUUUACAUGCUCUUACUUGCCAGCUCUUAAAAAA